AUGGUUUUAGAUCCUUCCAGAGCUUUUGGAACCAGAAGAGGAGGCGAGAACAUCACUGAAGUUAAAUAUCAAAAUGAAAGUACGGAGUUUUUCAAUUUUGAACUUGGCGUUUUGAGAACACUAUGCAGAGGAAGGCCUGGUCUGAUGAGACACUUGGAAAACCGUCCUCAUCAUGCAUCUGUGAAUGAUGUGACAAACGUAAUCACAGUGUCCAAUAAAACAGAGCUGAAAUAUAUGGAGAGUUUAGAGGGACUGACUGUUGGAAUUGUUCGUAUCGACUAUGCAAAUAUGUACUGGACCGUGAUAGAGCUGUACAGCGCAUAUCUGAAUACCCGGGAAAUGAACAGAACUGCUGCCGAGACCACCAUUCUCAUCCUUGACGCCCAUCCAGCUACUGCCCUAGACGGAUUGUGGGAACUGCUGUUCAAGAAGGUCGUCAGAGUGGGAUGGUUGAAGAAAACAACGCUCCUGGAGCAGUUUGUCCUUAAUCCCGAGUUGACACGGGUGCCCAUUGUGCGCAAAGCCAAAUCUAUUCCUUACAUCGACGACUUCCGUUAUGAUGUCUCUGAUCGUGUAGGAGGCUUUCUGGGCAGGAAAAGAGGUUGUGACAGGAUUAGGAUAACUGUUGUGUUGAGAAAAAACUACAUAGCCUAUCCACGAAACGUCAGGGGCCUAAUAGAGAGACAGUUUAAUAAUUCUGAUGAACUCAUUCAGGCGCUGAAAAACACAUUUCCUGGAACUCCUGUACAAGCCGUAGCGUUGGAGACUUUGACCAUCAGAGAACAAAUACAACUGAUCACGGAAACGGAUAUUUUGAUCGGUGUACACGGUGCAGGGUUAGCACUCACGUUGUUCCAGGUUCCUGGAACAGGGUUAAUUGAACUCUUCCCUCACAAGUAUAAACAACACAGAAAUAGUCACAUGGAACAGUUGGCUGUUUUGGGUGGUAAACUAUACAGUAGUUGGUAUAGUAACAACAAGUUUGCCACCUCUGUGCACGUACCCCCACGAGUCUUGACGGAUAUGGUGUUUGACAUGGGCUUGAGAAUCUAUGAAAACUCUAUUACAUAUGAUAUUUGA